UCCAGUUCCCCUAUUCACAUGUAAAUGAACCGUCAUAUAUCACCAGUACAUGCAGCUUGAAGCGGCAUAACAAGUCCAGGGUCUGCAUUCUUUGUCGGCAGCUGGGACCGCCAGCCAUCUGUCCCAUUGACAAGUUGUAACGGCUCUUUGGAUUAAGACCAUCUUCAGUUUUUUUUGUGUGUUAUUGGCAGCGCUUGGGUUAAACCUCCACAACAUGGCCCCCAUCCGUAACAACACAGACGGAAUGGGAAUGGACAGAGAUGACAAACAUAGUGGCACUAAAGUGGACAGAAAGAUCAGGAAACCUCUGGUCGAGAAGAAGAGAAGAGCACGUAUCAAUGAAAGUUUACAGGAACUCAGACUUCUCUUUGCCGACACAGACUUGCAAUCAAAGAUGGAGAACGCUGAAGUACUUGAGAUGACAGUAAAACGAGUGGAGAGCAUCCUGCAAAGCCGGGCUCAAGACGUAGAUGCUGUGAAUCGGGAGGCAUGUGAGAGGUUCGCAGCAGGUUACAUCCAGUGCAUGCACGAGGUGCACACUUUUGUUUCCAGCUGUCCGGGCAUCGACCCCACGGUGGCCGCAGAGCUGCUGAACCACCUCCUGGAGAGCAUGCCCUCGAACGACGAGGACCGUCUGCAGGUGAUGCUGUCAGACAUGGUGGCAGACUGCCCCAGCAGUAACAGCACUUGGCCUUUGUCUGAGAGCGUGUACACAGCACUGGUGGCCUCCCCUGCAGGAGGGGGCCUGUCCAGCUCCCCAGCCCCGUCCCCGUCGCCCUCAUCGGUCUCCACCGAUGACCUCAGCUCUGACCUGGACGACACAGAAUCCGAUCAAAGCAGUAUUUCGGUGGACGAGGGCCGGGAUGCUAUCACUUCGCCGGCCUUAACAUAUUCCAAGUCCAUGUGGAGACCAUGGUAGACCAUUAAUAACCCCACGUUGCAUGCUUUUAAACUAGUUGAAUUAUUGUUUUGUGUUAGGCUCUUGUGUGAGAUAGGCCUACUGCAAGUUAGGACGAGGACCGUUGGCGUGAGGACGGUGACAACUUGAGUGGCAUCUGUUAAGCUCUUGUAUUUUUUUUCUAUAGGAUUGCAAUUUAAUUAAGAUGGAAACUUAUUUAAGAAUUUUAACUACGUAUUUAAAUCAGCAUCACAGAGGUCAACCAUAUAGCGGCCUGUAUAGGGUCUUCUUCAUUUUUAUGGAGUUCAUUGGCCCAUACCUUCAGUGAAGGGGGGCAAAUGCAGAUGUAAAUAUGUACUCGUUGAAAUAUCAGCAUGGCUGUAUUGAAAUCACACAACCCCGCUAGAUGUCCAGUGUUAGUGUAUGUAAAUUAUUUUCUUUGUUUAGGAUCUUUGCAUCUUCAUGUAUUUAUCGGUGUCAAACGACUGCUGUUACCUCAGCUGAUCUGCAUAUGCCCAAACUCUUACACUGUCUUUGCAAUAAAUGUC